GAGUCCACACAGGCACAACAAACCCCGGAAAAGGGAAGCGGAAGACGGAGCCAAACGUUAAACAAAAAGUGAAGUUAGUAAAGUACAGCGAACCUGAAAUAAACGUAUCGGUAACUAGACGUGUGCGUACGAAGAAAACAGUUUAGAAAUGUGACAUUUACGAAUCAUUAAUCGCGUCGAAAAGCGUCAGUUGAGCUGAAGCGCGUAGCUAAUAGUUAGCUUCGUUAGACAACAAGACGCCGCAGCGCUCCUGAAACUGAUGACAAGAAAGUAUUUACCGACCAGUUUGUGAUGGUUAUUAAAGGUAGCUUCCAGUUUGUGGCCAGUAAACCCGUACUGUUUCAUUUCAGUGAACAAAUCUGGAUUUCUGCCCAGCGCUCUCUGUUUCCUGCGCUCUUUGUGAAAUGACCUGACUGCGACUUCACUGGUUCCAGCAUCAGAUGACAAUGGCCAGAAUAGCCUGGUAUCAAGAGAAGAUCGGGGCCUACGAUCAACAAGUCUGGGAGAAAUCUCUGGAGCAAGCGGAUCUAAAUGGUUUGGACAGCAAACCAAGGAAGACGUGUCAAAUCAAGCCAGACCUCAUCGAUGUCGACUUAGUAAGAGGAUCAACAUUCAGCAAAGCCAAACCAGAGAGUCCCUGGACCGCUCUGACUCGGAAGGGUCUGGUCAGAGUGCUGCUGUUCCCGUUCUUCUUCCAGUGGUGGAUCCAGGUGACCUCCAAGUCCAUCUCCUCAUGCAUCCUUGUGCUGUACUUCAUGCAAGUGGCAGCAGUGGUGCUGUACUUGGAGGUCCCUGGGGCGAGUGCCAGCGAGGUGUUUGGGCCCAUGUGUCUGAUGCUGCUGCUGGGUACCGUGCACUGCCAGAUUGUGUCGACCGAGUCCAGCCGGUGGCCCUCGGGCAGUCCAGCUGCCAGCUGCACCACCAGCCCUGCUCGCAGACGGAGGCCGAGGAAGGGCAGAGGGCUGAAAAAAUCAGAAGAAAAGAAUGACAGCGGGGACACAGAGCAGCAGGGGCCCUGGCAGUUUGAAGAAAGCCAGCGAUUAUACAGGACUGAAGAGAGGAGGACCAAAAGAAAGUCAGGAUUUGGGGCAUCCGACGAGCUCUCCAGUGAGGAAGAAGAGGGCAUACAACCAGUGGAAGUCACCCUUCCAGUACCUCUUCAAGAGAGACACCCUUCUCCAACCUGGCCGACAUCUGCACCGGUGCCCUCUGUUAGGAAGAGAAACCUAAAGUCUAACCCCAAACCCACAGUAAGACCUCAGGAAGUGAGCGGGGCCUCCAUCAAAGUGAAACCUCGAGAGGUGGAGCGCCUCAGGCCGAGCGUAGGCUCUCGUCCGGCCUCCGACACUGAUGACACGCUGUGGGAGGAGCUUCUCCAAGGGCCGGACACCGGCUCCACGGGGAGCAGCGACAGUGAGGCGAACGGGAGGUACAACGCUGGCAUGACGCUCCCACAAACCACCACUCUGAGCAGUGACGAUGAGAGCCUUCAGCAGGGAAUCACCGGAAACCAGCUGUCGUGGCUGCAGGCGUGUCACCCAUCCAAGGACCGUGUCAGUGCCAUAAUAUGGGAGCAGGGCGAGUGUAAGAAAAUAGACAUGUCAGUAUUGGAGAUCAGUGGGAUCAUCCUCACACGGGUGAAGAUGGUGGAGCAGGGUAUGGGUUACCUUGUGCUUGGCGGGCUGAUGACUGCCACCCUGGCACUGCUUCCCUUCGCCUUCCGCUUGGCUCAGCGUCUGGACAUGUCGAGCCUUGGCUCCCUGUCCCUGAAAGAGCUGGGAGAAAUGGCCAUCGGGCAGCAUGAUGCCCAGGCCUACGCCUUUUUCUUUAUCACGGCGGUGCAGAGAGUCUGCCUCACAGGGCUGUUCUUCUUCAUGAUGUGUGUGGCAGAGAGAACGUACAAACAGAGACUUUUAUUCGCCAAGUUCUUCAGCCACCUCACUUCAGCCCGCAAGGCCAAGAAAUCAGAGAUCCCUCAUUUCAGGCUGAAGAAAGUCCAGAACAUAAAGAUGUGGUUGUCACUCCGCUCUUUUCUCAGGAGACGAGGGCCGCAGCGCUCCGUUGACGUCAUUGUCUCCACUAUCUUCCUUUUGGCGCUCUCCAUUUCAUUCAUCAUCUGUGCCCAGCUUCUGCACAACCACCAGACAUUCCUAGAGUCUCUGACAAACUGGGAGCUGAUGGUGUGGGCCUCCUCCCUCGUCCUCUUUCUGUUACGGCUGGCCACGCUGGGCUCAGAGACCAACUGCAAAUACAGCAACUCCUCAGUGCUGCUCACUGAGCAGAUCAAUUUGUAUCUUAAGAUGGAGAAAAAGCCCAACAAGAAAGAGGAACUCAAUAUAGUGAACAAUGUUUUGAAACUAGCAACAAAACUGAUGAAGUCUAGAUUGUUUUGGUAUGAGUUGCUGAGUGUUGGAGAUAUUGGCUGCAGAGACGUCCACUAGAACUACACCCGCCAAACGUAUCACCACACAGAAGGAAGCGUGCAUCUACUCAUGGACAACAGGCUCCUGCUCGAGAGAGUUAAGGCCUUUGCACACUGAGUCCGUGCUUUCUCGUCUGAAAUUGUCACAUGUCUAAUAAUAAAUACGACUUCACAUUGUGUCAAUUAUGUUUGCACACUAAGUCGGAAAUUUUCAUCCAUCAUUAAAAUUUUCAGAACAGGUUCAAUCUUCUGCGUUUUUCACAUCCAUCAGAGCCUUUAGAGACGGACCAAGAAUCAGUGAAGAAAAUGUGGUUUUGGACACGACAACAAGACAGAAGAACGGUGCACACAGAAUAAUUUCAUAACUCUGAUAGCUCACUUUCAACGGGUCAGAUAGUAAUAUUCAGGUGGAUGAUGACGAAGAGGAGGAGGAAGUGGACCGCACACAGAAUGUGGAGGACAGCUCUGCCCCUUCACACAGCUGCAGUGCCAAAUGAAAGACAGGGAGGGAGUGAUGAAAGGUUUCUGUGCUUAAAGAUUUUUUCAGAUGACGGGUUAAAAAUUUGAAAGAAACAGACUCAGAAUUCAAAGGUCUUUAGAUGUAAACAUCCUCCUUGGCUGAGCUGUAACAUUAGCUAGCUCAGUGGUGCUAUGUGAGCUAGCAGUAUAUGCACGCUUGGUUCUGCUCCGUGAUACGGUUGGUGGGUGUAGCUCAGUAGAAAGAAAAUAGUUCCUACGUGAAACUGCUAGAGAGAAGGCUGACAUCUCUACGGCUGAUAUCUCCAACACUCUGCAACUCACACCAAAACAAUCUAGAGUGAUGUUUUUUUUUUCUUAAAUGAUUCUAAUAUUUAACAACCUAAUCACCUUCUGUACUUAAGUUACAACUGAUAUUUCAAAUAACAUCCAUAAUAACUUCUGACUUUGACCCAUAUUGUCAAGUCAAAAUG